AUGGUACUGAGUUCCUCCAUAAGAGCAACGGAAAUUCCAUCUACUUCACCAUGCCCUAUAUGCCUUCAAGUUCCAGAUAACCAAACUUACCUGAAGCCAUGCUACCAUUCAUUCUGUUUUUCAUGCAUCCUUAAAUGGAUUAACAUUACACCUUGCUGUCCAUUAUGCAAGCAGCUCAUCGACACUCUUGUGUACAAUGUUGAUGAAGACAAAGGCACUUUCCAAGAAUAUACACUUGUCGGAAAGGAUUUGGAUGGUCAACACAACCCACCUCUGAAACCUCCUUUGAUAACAUCAGAAGAAAGGCUUCAUGCGCAGCGGAAGGAGAUAUAUAAUUCUUCAAUACAGAUCAUUCACCCAAAGCCAUUACAGAGAUUCGCCAAUAUUUCUAUCCUCGAUCCACAGCACAUACAAAGGGCAAGGUUGUUUGUUCGCCGAGAACUGCCUAUAUUGGUAGGAUCUUUAUAUGAGCCAAUGGUAGAAGAGUAUGUAGAAAGUCUCUUGUUGAUUCCAUACCAAAAAAAAGCAUCAAAGCGCCAUGACAGUAGUCCAGUAACUAUGUAUGAACCCUCUGUACUUGAACCUUUGUCAGAAUGGAUCGGAGACCUCCCUGGGGAAACAAGAAUUGCUGAAAGGUUCAUUAACGAAUUGAUGGGUUUUGUCAAGAGUGGGAUGAACUAUAUUACUUUCGUUUCUCAAUCCUCACGCGAAACUUUUGAUUAG